UCUACGUGCGCGCGCACCUGUCGGCUCCAGUUGAGUCAACGUGGUUUAUCAUCUGUUUUGGUCGUCGCUAGUUCCCCAUUCCGGGUUCGUUCAUUGCAUCAUCGUCAUAUUUCUGUUUUAAGCAGGCGUGUGUUCGUGCCACUACAGCAUUUGAAGUUUUGCGGAACACAUUCCACUGGCAACAUGUCGUACUCUACGGUUGAACGAGGAUGCCGCAACACACUCGAGUACCGUGCAUUUUUCAGUGGACCAAAUGGAAAGAUGCUGUCCCCAUUCCAUGACAUCCCGUUGUUUGCCAAUGCUGAGAAAACAGAAUACAACAUGGUGGUGGAAAUCCCACGGUGGUCAAAUGCCAAAAUGGAGAUAAACAAGGAAGAGGCCCUCAACCCCAUCAAACAAGAUGUAAAGAAAGGAAAGUUACGCUUUGUGAAAAAUAUCUUUCCACACCAUGGGUACAUCUGGAAUUACGGGGCAUUCCCACAAACGUGGGAAGACCCCAAUAAAACAUACGAAGAAACCGGAACAAAAGGAGAUGCAGAUCCUCUUGAUGUUUGUGAAAUAGGUCACAAGAUUCACAAGCUGGGUGAUGUGAUACGGGUAAAAAUGUUGGGAACAAUGUUGUUGAUAGAUGAAGGGGAAACUGACUGGAAGAUGCUGGCUAUAGAUGUGACAGACCCACUGGCACCUAGUUUAAAUGAUAUUGAAGAUGUUGAAAAACACAUGCCUGGGUUUUUGAAGGCAACAUACGAGUGGUUCAAGUUUUAUAAAGUACCAGAUGGCAAACCAGAAAACAACUUUGCAUGGGAGGGUAGAGCUAAAAAUAAGGCCUUUGCAGUGGAUGUUGUUAAUGAAUGUCAUAACCAAUGGCAGGCAUUGAUUGGUAACACUGUGGAUAACGGAGGGAUUGCAUGUGAGACAACCACAGUGGCAGGGAGUCCAUACCUUAUUGAACCAGAAAAGGCUCAGGAAAUAUGCCAGAACGCUGCUACCCCUGGAGCUGCUGAAGCAAUAGAUGCCGAAGUGGACAAGUGGUACUAUGUUAUAAAACAGUGAACUAUUAGCUCGAAGGAUAUGUUAGUUAAAAUCUCAAGGAAACGUUUUACAGCAUCCCGAUUCCAUCCUGUAUUCCCAGCGACUAAAGGAAGAAACACUCACCAGUCAUAUCACAGUAUUUACGUACUUUUAAUGUGUGUACUAACACACAAUAGACUUUUAGCUUAUUUAUUUAAUAUAAACUAGAUAUUAAAUUCUUCAAGUGGUCUUUUUAAAAUGUAUAUCUGGGCCAUUCAAAACCGAUUUUAAGUUUUUGUUUCAGUUUAAGCUUUGAUUUAUUUAUUUUUAAUAAAAUUUUUGAAGUUGUACGUAAUGUUUGAUUGACUUUUUAGAAGUGAUAUCUCUCAUGUCAGGGAUAACAGUUUGUUCAGUAAAUAAACAAAGUGUUUAAGAGUAUUUACAAUUAAAAUAUUUUGUUUAGUUCUUUUACAUUCUGAAUACAGUUUUGAUUUCACCUCUUGAUUUGUAAACUGAAAUAUUGAUAUGUACAUAUGUGUGGGUGAUUUUCUGAAUUGGUCAUAACGGGAACAAAUAUAUAUAACAAAUAUAUAUAUAUGUGAUUAUCAUGACAAUGUUUUUGUUAAUGUAUACAUUUUUGAGGGUGGGGGAUGUUGCCAAAAGAACCAGGAAUUUAUAAAAAUGCUCAAAUAAUGUUUUGCUAUGUAUAAUUUUCUUUAUUGACAUUGGUUAACUUCAAUUUUUUCAACCAAAUCUUUAGUCACUCUUUUUGGACUUAAAUUUUCAUUUUGGUUUGAAUGUUUUAGGGUUUUGUUUUUAAUUUAUAUUCAGUUAUGGUAUAGAUUAUCUGAUAUAGUAGGAUUACAGAUAUCUGUUAAGCUGUUGAAGAUCUCUCUGGGAUAAGUAUCUUCCAGCUUAAUGCUGGUGGCGUACCACUUUUUCAUAAAGAGUAGUUUUUUCGUGAUUGAAGUGUAUUGACCUUCAAUCCUUUGAUCAUGUCAGUUGAAAACUUAAAAGUCACAUUUUAUUUACCUUCAGGUGCCUUUUCAUAGAAAUAUUUAGAUAAUUGUACAAAAAGUCCUAUUGUUAUUUCUCAUUUCUUCUUUGUAAAAUUAUAAACUGUAUUUUUUUUGUAUAUGAGUCAAAUAAGUUUUGGAUCUGAAUCGUGUUUAUCUGGAUACUGUAAUAUGCUUAUGACAAUGGUGUUCCUUGUUCACAAUGGUUGUGGAUUUAACCUGUAUUAAGCAUCCACAUAAGGGCGAGAGACCUCUGAUGACAGGUGGCUGCUAAUACAGGUUCUGUUGUGGAAUCUUAGUAAAAUAGAUGGCUAGAUAAAGGCAUUAUCCUGACAUUGACGUACAUUGUAACAUAAAACAGGCUAACCAAUGCUUUUUAAUGAUAAACAAUAUAUAUUAGGACGUAAAUGUAGUUUAAGACACUACAAACAUCAGUGCAACCAGAAAUACAUUGGAUUUAGACAUUUAGGGAGAAUUUUGUAAAUUUGGCCCUGAUAUUCCAAACAGGAAUACUGUCAGCCUCUUGGCUUAACUGCCUAACUGAUGUUUAAAGCUUUUGAGACAAAUGGAAAAAACUGAUUUUUAUACAAACAGAAAUAACUCUGUCUAGGGGCAGCUGCAGGUUUCCUCAACCAGGUCUCUCAACCAAGUGUCGGAAUAACUGCAUGUUAACUUAACAGUAAUAAACUAUGACCAUUAAUGUUGUUAAGACACCAAAUAGCCAUAGUUUGUUAAUGUGUUGAAGUAUUGGUAAACAAAUAUUACAUUACUUUUCUAUUAUCCAUGAGCCUAUGGAACAACAUGUUAUAAUACAAACUUCACUAAACUCCAUUGAAAACAAAACAUGUUGAGGUCUGUUUUAUUGCAACUUUUGCUUACUUUAUAAUCAUAGUAUAUAAUUUAAAACAAAAGUAGUAUUAAAAAAAAUAUUGAUAGGAAGGUAAAUCUAAUUUAAGCUGCUACAAUAUUUUUAAUAUAUGGACACUGAUACUUUAAACAAGAAACUGUAAAUAGGAUGUUUUUAGUCAUAAAAAGACUUUAGUGUGUAGAAAAAUGUUACAGUGGCAUCGCCGUCGGGAUAAUCCCUGUAAUGAACGAUGACAACUGCUUGAGUAAAUAUUUACUUGCCAAAUUUAGUGCUCAUUACAAAGUGCUUUUUAUGCUUUUAACAUUAAUUGUUUAAGGCAAAAUAAAAUUUUGUGAAUAGCCUGCAUUUUUGUGUUGGUUUUUUGAUAGUAGAUUUUACAAUAGUUAUAAGUGAGAAUAUAUAUAUAAAUAAAUAUAUUUAUGUAUAUAGGUCAGUUCAGUUGUUGGUGAUAAACAGAAUGCUUCUAAAAUAGGUGUAUAUUAGCUCUUGUUUUUCUUGCCCUUAUUUAACAGCCUCUUGCAGAGUUUCAGAUUUUUAGCUAUUAACAUAGAUCAUUCUUUAAUUUCCCAUUAGGUUUUGCUCAGAUACAUAUCUCUUAAAAGUGCUAGCAACUCAGGGUUUUUGUUUUGCUUUUGGGUUUUUGUGUGUUUUUGUUUGUUUUUUAAGGGGAGAGGGGAAUAUUUUUGGGUUUUUUAUUAACUUUAUUUAUUACAUACAGAUUUUAUUACCUGUUUUCAUAUUUUUGGGAUUGUUUGUUUUCUAUAAGUUUAAUGCUAUUUUGAACUAAACUGUACCUUACAAAUACACGUGUUUACCAACCGGUAGUUGGUUGAGGGUUAGUUGUAGUAGAUUUUUCUUUUUUCAUGCUUGGUGCUCUUUGCUGGGUCAUAGAUAAACUAGACAGAUCCACGUGUUGAUGAGCACCUCAGUAUGAACUAUAUUACUAUUUUAUAAAUAUCUAAAUAAUCAGUGUGGGUAUUUACAGUGACCAAUAGAAAUAGGAAUGCUGUUGUCUACAGUGUAGCUGGUAUAACUGUCAACAGUUUGGUUUUUUCUCCAAUACAUUAAGGUGGAAUAGUUUGUUUAAUAAAUACCUAGGUAGUUUUUAAUAUAUUUAUAUAACAGAAAUAUGCUUGUUCAUGGAAACAAAGUUUGUAAAUACUUCUUUUUAGUUUGUACACUAAUGAUUUUAGAUUUAAAAAUGAAACAAAAAACACUGCAAAUCUUAUUCAACUUUAAUUUUUUUUAAACCAAGAAAACCACAUCUAAUACCUAUAAGAUAUAUUACAGUGCAACUCGUCGAAACCAGACCCUCAGUAAACCAGAAUUUCCUCAAAACUGGACAUUUUUCAUGAUCUCCAUUUUAAUAUCUGAACAGAAUCGAACCUCUCUAAACUGAAUACCCUUAAAGCUGGACGUUUUACUUGUUCCCAAGGGUGUCUGGUUUAGUGGGGUUUCACUGUAUUUGAGUUUUGUUCCAGUAUUGUUUGACUUAAGUGAGCUGCUGACUAAGUACCAAAUGCAGUCAAAUAAUACUGUUGUUAUAGUAAUAAAUCUUAUGUUGUGAAAGCGUCACAUUGUGUGGAAAUGCAGAAAUACGUUAUAUUUUUCUGUCAACCAUAUUAACUGCAUAUAUGAAAUUAAAAUAAAUAUUUACAUGA